CACCGACUUCUUCUUGCUCCCUUCCCCGUUCUCUUCUUCUCCGGCGAGCGCUUUCUUCGGAGGACGGAGGCUGCGCCGAUGAUGACCCUGGAUCUGAUGGGAGGGUACGGGCGGGUGGACGAGCAGGUGGCCAUCCAGGAGGCAGCGACGGCGGGGCUGCACGGGAUGGAGCACCUCAUCUCGCAGCUCUCCCAGGCGGGCACCGACGAGAGGUCCCCGCCGGCGGCCGUGCACCAUCAGCACCAGGAGAAUCAGCAGCAGGUGGACUGUCGGGAGAUCACCGACAUGACGGUGUCCAAGUUCAAGAAGGUAAUUUCCAUCCUCAACCGCACCGGCCACGCGCGGUUCCGGCGCGGCCCUGUGGUGGCGCAGUCGCAGGGCCCGGCCAUCUCCGAGUCAGCGCCAGCGAGGUCCGCGCCGGUGUCGAGGCCCAUGACGCUUGACUUCACCAAGUCGGUCUCCGGGUACGGGAAGGACGCCGGGUUCAGUGUGUCCGGCGCGAGCUCGUCGUUCCUCUCGUCGGUGACCGGGGACGGGAGCGUGUCCAACGGGCGCGGCGGCGGGUCAUCGCUCAUGCUCCCGCCGCCGCCCGGUGCGGCCAGCUGCGGGAAACCCCCGCUUUCGUCCGGCGCCCGGCAGAAGCGUAAGUGCCACGAGUACGCGCACUCGGAGAACGUCGCCGGCGGCAAGUACGGCGCCACCGGCGGCCGCUGCCACUGCUCAAAGCGCAGGAAGCAUCGCGUGAAGCAUACGAGCCGCGUGCCGGCGAUCAGUCCGAAGGUGGCGGACAUCCCCGCCGACGAGUACUCAUGGCGCAAGUACGGGCAGAAGCCCAUCAAGGGCUCUCCCUACCCACGAGGCUACUACAAGUGCAGCACGGUGAGCGGGUGCCCCGCGCGGAAGCACGUGGAGCGCGACCCCGGCGACCCGUCGAUGCUGAUCGUCACCUACGAGGGCGAGCACCGCCACAGCCCCGCCGGCCAAGAUCCUUCCCGGCCGCACGCGCCGUUGCUGGAGCUGCCCAACCAUUAAAUCACUUUUUUUUCUCCCUUCUUUUUGUCACACCCUGCUCUGUCAAUUUCUAGUAGCAAAUCAAUCACCAUUAGACUCUGUUUUAGCAGAUUCAUUUUGCAAUUUCUCUUCUCUUCGUUUUAGCAGCUUGUAAAAGGAUUAAUUAAUUAGUAGUAGGAAAGUGUUAGCCUGAGAUUUGCAGAAGAAAAACUGGAGUAUUAGCAAAAGCAA